AAAGCCUCCUCUCCUCACCCCCUCCCUUUCCUCUUUGCAGUCGCUUCUCUCUAGAAACAAUGACUCUCAUUCUAAGCUUCCUCUCUCUCUACACGUUUAUGGGUCUCUAGUACUCUUCCUCAACAAGCUUUAUUCUGGAUAUCAUUCCAUAGAAUGUUUGUCUAGGAGGUUUAAGUUCGAGUUCCUAUUAAUUUUGAAGGUCUUCUGUAACCCUCUUGCCCUCCAAAGAGUCAAAAAACUGAGUUCUUGAUCAUAGAAUUGAAAGACUGGAUCCUGAAUCUGUGUGGCUCAUGGGGGACUACAAUUUUGUUGUUGGUCAAGAGUUUGCUGAUGUCAAGGCCUUCAGGAAUGCAAUCAAAGAAGCUGCAAUUGCUCAACAUUUUGAGCUUCGUAUUAUAAAAAGUGAUUUAAUCCGUUACUUUGCAAAGUGUGCAACUGAAGGUUGCCCAUGGCGCAUCCGUGCAGUUAAGCUUCCUAAUGCUCCAACUUUCACUAUUAGAAGCCUUGAGGGGACGCAUACCUGUGGAAAAAAUGCACAAAAUGGGCAUCAUCAGGCUUCUGUAGAUUGGAUUGUGAGUUUCAUAGAGGAACGACUGCGAGAUAAUAUAAAUUACAAACCAAAGGAUAUAUUGCAUGACAUUCAUAAACAAUAUGGGAUCACUAUACCUUAUAAGCAAGCCUGGCGUGCUAAGGAGCGGGGGCUAGCAGCUAUAUAUGGCUCUUCUGAAGAAGGGUAUUGCCUCCUUCCUGCAUAUUGUGAGGAAAUAAAGAGAGCCAACCCUGGAAGUGUUGCGGAGGUGUUUACCAGUGGUGGAGAUAACCGGUUUCAACGGCUUUUUGUUUCCUUUUACGCAUCCAUAUAUGGUUUCCUAAAUGGUUGCUUGCCUAUUGUUGGGCUUGGUGGAAUCCAGCUCAAGAGCAAAUACCUUGGCACCUUACUUUCAGCCACUUCUUUUGACGCUGAUGGUGGGUUGUUUCCACUUGCAUUUGGUGUUGUUGAUGCAGAAAAUGAUGAGAGCUGGAUGUGGUUCCUGUCAGAGUUACGAAAGGCACUAGAAAUGAACACAGAGAAUGUACCUCAACUCACAUUUUUAUCGGACGGACAGAAGGGCAUCCAAGAUGCUGUAAAGAGGAAAUUCCCAACUUCUUCCCAUGCUUUCUGUAUGCGCCACUUGAGUGAAAGCAUUGGCAAAGAGUUUAAGAACUCAAGGCUUGUUCAUCUUCUAUGGAAAGCAGCAUAUGCCACAACUACCAUUGCUUUUAAAGAAAAAAUGGCAGAGAUUGAGGAGGUUUCUUCUGAAGCAGCCAAGUGGAUUCAACAGUUUCCAACUUCCCGUUGGGCAUUGGUGUAUUUCGAAGGAACACGAUAUGGUCAUCUCUCUUCAAAUAUUGAGGAAUUCAAUAAAUGGAUUCUUGAAGCACGGGAGCUGCCCAUAAUCCAGGUGAUUGAGCAGAUUCACAGUAAACUAAUGGCUGAGUUUGAGGAGCGGCGUUUAAAGAGCAAUUCAUGGUUUUCAGUUUUAGCCCCAUCAGCUGAUAAGCGAAUGAUGGAGGCGAUUGGCCGUGCAUCAACAUAUCAAGUCCUUAGAUCAGAUGAAGUAGAAUUUGAGGUUCUAUCAGCAGAGAGGUCAGACAUUGUGAACAUAGGGACUCAGUGCUGUUCCUGCCGUGAUUGGCAACUCUAUGGAAUCCCAUGCUCCCAUGCUGUUGCAGCCCUCCUCUCAUGUAGAAAAGAUGUGUACGCAUUUACAGAGAAGUGUUUCACUGUGGCAAGUUAUCGUGCGGCAUAUUCAGAAGAGAUACGCCCCAUUCCCUGUAAAAUUGAGUGGAGAAGAACAGUUGAGGCUCCUGUGGAUGAUGACACUCCAGUUGUGCGACCACCAAAGUUCCGUCGACCCCCAGGACGCCCUGAAAAGAAGCGAAUAUGCGUAGAGGAUCUUAACAGGGAGAAGCAUACAGUGCACUGUAGCCGGUGCAACCAAACUGGACAUUACAAAACAACUUGCAAAGCAGAUGUUAUGAAGAGCAUAGAGCAGUUUUAGACAAUCUAAUUUCGUACUUGUAAAUCAUCAACCCCCGAAGGAUUAGUUCUUAUAUUAUGGAACGGAAUAGUUAAGGUGUGUUUAGGGCAUACUUCGAUGGAAUAUUGUAAAAUAGAUGUCCAUUGUAUCUUAAAUGUAUCAGUAGCUGGAAUGAACUUUGGAGAAAUAGGAAAUGCUAGUUUGCUGCUAUACACAGGCACAAAUGAUUUUAGAAAUAAAUUAAUUCUCAAAUCU